GACAGUGAGUCUGUCCAGCCUGUUAGUGCAAAGCAUGGAUUCAGCCAGCGUCUCAGCAUCUGAGAGUGUGGUGUUGGUUGUCUCUUAAGUCUGGGAUGUAGGGAGAACCAGCAAUCGUGGCCAGGACCCGGCCUUUGAGAUUGCUUUUGAUCAGGGAUAGAUAUAUGCUGUCCUUCUAGCCUGCCAUGAAGUUCAGUGCUGCUCUGCUGCUGUUUCUCUCCCUAUGGCUUUGGGGACUUGCAUCUUCUGAAUUGGGCAGCAGCUGCUACUCAUCCCCAUGUAAGAAUGGAGGGACCUGUGAGGAUGCAGAAGGGAGCUACAGAUGCCUCUGUCCUCAGAAUCCUCUGGCAUAUGUGGGAUGGAACUGUGAGCUCCUGUAUGAUGCAUGUGGUGGACAUGUUUGUCCACCUGAAUGGAUUUGUAGUGGAACCCCUGGGCAGUUGAAUUACACUUGCCACUGCAGGCCAGGCCUCGUAGGUCUUGGUUGUAAUUCUGAAGCUGAUGUAUGUGAGACUGGCCCUUGUCCACAGCCUCACUUUCAGUGCAUCACAAUUACCAAUGGAUAUGGCUGCCAAUGCCAGAAUGGAGACAGCUGCCAAAUUCAGUCCUCUCUUUGUUCCAGUAAUCCCUGCCACAACAAUGGUACCUGUAUUGAGAAUGCUGGAUGGUAUACCUGUGAAUGCCAACCUGGCCAUGUUGGGACCCACUGUGAGGAGGAUGUGGAUGAAUGUGCCUCCAGCCCAUGCCAGAAUGGUGCCAUCUGCCUGGAUAGAGUCAAUGAGUACAGCUGCUUCUGUGUGCCUGGCUUCCAGGGCUACCAUUGUGAGAUAGACAUCAACGAAUGUGCUUCCCGGCCUUGCCAACAUAACAGCACCUGCCUCAACCAGAUGGACCACUAUAUUUGCCAGUGCCUGCCUGGUUACACAGGUGUGAACUGUGAUGUGGAGAUUGACGAAUGUGCAUCAGACCCUUGCUGGAAUGGUGGUAUUUGCAGUGACCACAUUGGGCUCUUCACCUGCUCUUGUAUGCCGGGCUAUGAGGGGGUCCUAUGCGAGGUGGAUAUUGAUGAGUGUCAGAGCCAGCCCUGUCUCAACGGAGGCAUGUGCCAUGACCUGGUCAACAGCUACCAAUGUGAUUGCCACAACACUGGCUUUGAAGGGCAGCAUUGUGAGCUGGAUAUUUUGGAAUGUGCCUCUCAACCAUGCCAGAAUGGUGCAACCUGUCUUGAAGGAGUUGGGCACUACAGCUGUGUUUGCUGGCCAGGGUAUGUGGGGGAGCACUGUGAAGAAGAUGUGGAUGAGUGUGCCACAGAGCCCUGCUUCAAUGGUGGCCAGUGCUACGAACGAUCCAACCAUAGCUACUAUGGAGAGCUUGUGGACUUUCCAGUUCAGUUCAGCUACCAAGAAGCUGCUGGAUUCAUCUGCAGGUGCCAGCCAGGCUUUGAUGGAGAUACCUGCUCCAUUAACAUUGAUGAAUGUGAAUCUCAACCGUGCCAGAAUGGAGGGCGCUGUGUGGAUCUGGUGAACAGCUACUGGUGUCACUGCAUGCCAGGGUACUCAGGUGUGGAAUGUGCCAUAGAUAUCAAUGAAUGUGAAGACCAUCCUUGUGAGAAUGGCGGUGCCUGUGAAGAUGGCAUUGCUGACUACAUCUGCCAUUGCAUCCCUAGUCAAGGUGGCAUUGCUUGGGGUGGGAAGAACUGUUCCGUGGAGCUCACUGGAUGUCAGGCCCACCACUGCCAAAAUGAGGCCUUGUGUGUCCCUACCUACCAGUCUGAAGUCCAUGGAUAUCUAUGCCAGUGCCAGCCUGGUUUUUAUGACUCCAUUUGCUCCACAUCAACAACCUUCUCCUUCUCUUCAAGCACCUAUCUCUUCAUCAACAUGUCAGCAUACAACAAAAGCUCAAGUGACACCUCAGAGGGUUAUCUAUCUGCUGUGGCCCUCCGGUUCCGAACCACUCUUCCUGAUGCUGUCCUUAUCUACCAAGGUCACAAAGCAGAGCAUCUGUUGCUGGAGCUCUCUGGUGGCCUUGUGCGUGUAACAUUGAUGAUGCAGGAUGCUGUGUCCUCUCUCAUCUUGGAGGCACCACAGGUGAAUGAUGGCUACUGGCACAAUGUUGAGGUCCAAUUACAAGAUUCUCUUGAACUCAAGCUGUGGCAUGAAGACUGCCAUGCAAAUGUCUGUUGGCAGAGCUACCCCCUUGCAGAAUCAUUCUCAAAUUCCUUGUUGCCCUUCUCAGAAAUAUACAUUGGAGGAACUGAUGAGAAGUUAAUGACUAACCCUAUACAAAAUUUCAUUGGUUGCCUGGAAGACCUGUACAUUGAUUCUAAGGUUGUCCUACCACAAGAAGUGAUUGGAUUGCAAUCCUCUGGAGUCCAACUGGGUUGCGAAAGGACAGACUGGUGUCUCUCCCAACCUUGUUCACAUGGUGGCCAGUGCAUUGACCUCUGGGCAGAUUUCUACUGUAACUGUUCUCGGCCUUAUGAAGGCCACACAUGCUCUUUUGAAUCUCCAGUGGUAACUUUUGGCCUAGAAAAUUCUUCAAGCUUUGCUACCUUUGCCAUUAGCAACAGCCCAGGGGCAAAUUUUAAUCUUUCAUUUUUCAUCCGGACUUUGAAGCCCAUGGGUUUGGUUUUUCAGAUUAGCAAUGGGACUGAAACUUUCCUUGCAUUUUACCUGACAGAUGGACAAUUCCAGGUACAGGCAUCAGUUGCUGCUCCCAUCAGCAUCCCUGGACACCUAGCUGAUGGCAGGAGACAUUUUGUGAUGCUUUCCUUCCAUGAAGGUUUCCUUCAUGCCACCCUUUUGAACAGAGAGGAAGAUUUGGGACCUGUGAAAGUAACUCCACUAGCAGCUGGGUCUGUGAUCCAUGUGGGUGGACUCCUGGAUGAAGACAGUGUUUCCCUCUGGGGAGGGUAUUUUAAAGGUUGUCUUCAGGACGUUCGACUUAACCAUCACCAGAUGCAGUUCUUUCCACCUAAAGAUGAUAGGCCAGAAGAAAUUUUUGUGGAACAAACCACUAAUGUGUUCCUGGGAUGUAUCUCAGAUGAUACAUGCAAGCCUGAGCCAUGUUUCAAUGGUGGUCACUGUGCUGUUACCUGGAAUGACUUUAUCUGCAGCUGCCCUGUUAACUUCACUGGAAAGAACUGUGAGGAAAGAAUUUGGUGCAAAAGUGAACCAUGCUCUCAAGCUACAACCUGUGUGGAUGUCCCUUCUGGCUAUGUCUGUCUGUCAAGUGCCACAUUUCAAGGGCACAAUGCAGUUGAAUUCACCAGCAAUGCAUCUAUAACAAGAGCCCUUUACAGCCUCCAUCUGGACUUCAGAACACGGGAUGAAGAUGCCAUCUUGUUGAGGGCUGUACAGGAGGUGGAUUCUCUCUUGGUGGCUAUCCAGAACUCCUCACUGCUGGUAGAGAUCAGGAGUGGGAAUGGCAUUGAGGGAGUGAACUUUUUCAGUCAGAUGUCCAUCUCUGAUGGCUCUUGGCACAUGCUCGUACUGUCUAUGGAAGAACCCUCAGCUACUUCCUCAAGAUGGCAGCUGUAUUUGGAUGAAUCCAUAAACACAACCCUACAGGGGCAUGCUGGGAGCCUGGACUUCAUUAAAAACAAUGCAGUUAUCAUUCUAGCUGAAAAUUUCACUGGCUGUCUUGGACAUGCUGACAUAGGGGGUGUUUUUCUGCCAUUGGCUGCCCAUACCUCAUAUCCACAGCCAGAGCAGUUCCUGCAGCUGAGCGAUGAGGCACCCCUUCUGGGCUGCAGGGGAGCGGAUGUCUGUGCCUCUAGCCCAUGCCAUCAUGCAGGCUUUUGCCAGGAUCUGUUCAAUGCUUUCCGCUGUGUUUGCAGUGCUGGGUGGGAGGGCCAACUCUGCGAGGCCAAUAUUGAUGACUGCAAAUCCAGUCCCUGUAUUCAUGGGAAGUGUGUGGAUGAAGUGGCAGAUUUCCAAUGCGAGUGUGACAAAGGCUAUAUUGGGAAGCGCUGCCACAUCAAUGUUGAUGACUGCAUUCGACACCAGUGCCAGAAUGGAGGGACAUGUGUGGAUGGAGUCUACAGCUAUACCUGCAAAUGUCCACCGCAAUACAUAGGUCCUCACUGCGAAUGGCCAUUCCCACCCGAGCAAUGUGGCAAGAACUUCACCUGUCUAAAUGGCGGCAAAUGUACAAGUGGGCCUUGGGGAGCCAACUGCACCUGCAAGCCUGGCUAUGCUGGCAGAAAGUGCCAGAUUAACAUCAAUGAAUGUGACCCUAAUCCCUGCCAAAAUGGGGGGACCUGCCAGGAUUCAGUAAACCGAUAUCGAUGUGUGUGCAGUGCCAGCUUUACUGGAGAGCGUUGUGAUGUUGAUCGACCAGCAUGGGCCCAAGUCAGCAGUUCCACGCUGGUAGGAGCGGUGGGAGCAGCAGGGGCUGCUGUUCUCAUCACCAUCUUUGGCAUCUCAGUCAUUGCCAUGAAGAAGAGGAGAGCGACUCAAGGGACCUACAGUCCAAGCCGCCAGGAGAAGGAUGGGGCAAGAGUAGAGAUGUGGAAUGUGAUCAAGCUGCCACCGAUGGAGCGGCUGAUCUGAGCACUGGCCACAGCAGGGGACGCUGUGCAUCAGCCAAAAUAGAAGACCAUUGUAGACACCCCUGGAGCUUCUCACAAGCAAGCUCAUCAGGCUCCCCCUGCUGCCCAAGCAGUAGGCAAAAAGAACUAGCAAGCCUGUUGCUUCACUGGAUCUGCUGUGCUUUGACAACACUGAACCAGAAGCAGAGGGAGAUGAAGGGGAGUACUCCAAGUGUGGAACGCUGCAUGAUCUGCUGCCAGGGACAGCUUGAGCAACAGGCAAAAUGGUACACAGCAGGGUCACUCCUGGGCCUUGGGACAGUACAAACCUUGCUUUAGCCAUUAAAAAACAGUGGGGUGACAGAAGAGGGAUGGAUGACUACAAUAGCAAGCACUUUCAUGCUGGACCUAACUAAUACACACCACACAGCUCAACAGUCUGCCUGGUUUGUCCUGCUGUGAGAAUGGGGUAUGGAGGAGCUCUUUAUAUUCUUUCCCUUCCCGGGUGAUGUAUUGCAAAACUCUGAUGUUGUGCUUUUCUGGACUGCAACCAGCUGUCAAGGGAUAUGGUACAAAGCUGGCUCAAAGUGCCUUGUGAGCAAGUUACCUGGGACCAUAUCAGCUGAUCUUGCUAAACAAGAGUGCUGUCUGAGCCUCAAGAAACAAGAGGCCCUGGCUGACAAAGCUCUCCCAACAGAGCAUCCUGGGCACUGCUUUGUAAACCUAUCUGCAGGAAGGUUUCAGGUUGUCUAAUACAGCUCUUGGCUGUUUUGUUUUUCAUGUUACUCCAGCAUGUCUCACCUGUUUUCUUUUCUCUAGCCAUAAGAAUGUUCCUUUACAGGCUGUAGUUGAAAGUAUUUUUUUAAAAAGUUAAAAUAAUCUAGAUAUAUGAACAGCUGAAUGUAUGUGAUUAGUGGCCUGAUCUACAGCACAAACCAGGAGAAACAAGGUUCUUUCUUUGUGGGUUACUGAAGCAGGGGCAAAUACACAAGAUCAAAAUCCAGUAUCUAACAUGCUAUCCCACAAAGAUAACAUUCAACAGUACAGUCAAGGGUUACUAACAUGUCCCAAAAAGGUAGCGUUGCAAUCUGCGUAUCAGGGAUGGAAGAUAAGCAGCAGGGAGAACUGGAUGACACUGAGAACUGGAUGACACUGAGGCAGUUUGCAUAGGUUAGGCAAUAACCCCUCUUCCCAUACAAAAAUUGCUCAGUUGGGCUUUUAACUCUUGUAUGCUAGCCAUGGUGAAAAAUAGGCAAUGGUGGGCACGGUGCUCGGCUGCUGCCAACCCCCCACCCCCAAUGAAAACCAGUUUGCUACUCUUUGUUGUAAAUUCUGCUUCCAGGGACAUGUACUAGUACUGACAUGAGCACCUACUUGACUGUGGCCUAAAAUCAUUAGCAUUUCUGUGUGAUUAUUACUAAUACCAGUGAGAAAUAUUUUACUAAACAAUGUCUGCUCCAAAAUACAAACCCUUGCUUAAUAAGGAGAGGUGUGAAUUCCCACAAACUGUCACAGGGAGGGAAAUCCAGCCUGCUUCACUGCUGCUCGUAAGUACAAUUACAGAAGGGUGGCUGUAAAUAUUUUGGAAAUGCUAAGAAGCCAAAGGAGACUAACAAUGCAGUGAGCCAUACCCCUGCACACACAGAGACAUUUUGUGGGCUUCCACAGCAGUUGAAGCUUUGUGAGCAGGACUGCAGCACCACCGAGUAGGGCCUGAGCAGAGGAAAAACAGCCAGAUACCAAUGGGAAGAAGCCAGAGAUUAUUUCCCUAUUCAGACCAAUGGGAUCUCCACAUUCCUGUUAAUUGUUUACUUUAGGCAAAUUCAGAUAAAUCUUUCCCCAUUCACUUCUCUUGUGUUAUCUGCCAUCAGAAUACAUUCAUUACAGGGGGAAAAAAAGCAUGUUCAAGUGCUAACCUAUUGGCACCCUUCAGAUGGACUUGUUCAGGGCCACUCAAUAGAUGUGGACAGCAGCUUUUAUGGUCCAGUGACCACAACUGAGGGACCAUACAAAGCCUUCAGCUGUGUCCUAUAAAGUCUAAGCCCUGAGAACCCAACUUCCCAACAAAGACCCUUUCUGCAAUGAAGUCAUAGAGGCCCCUUCUAGUUUUUGUUUGCACCUCUUCAGAGAGGCCUGCCUUACACAUUGAGAACUGUGGCUCACCCAAUAGAAGUGGAGCCUAUUUGUACUCUUCCUACAAGUUUAGUAUUGUUUUUGAUGUGGUCACAAGUUUUGCAAAAAGAAUAAUUUACUAUCACUUGGGCUCAACCUAUAUCUGUAAAAGUUUUCUAUGAAGUGGCAACUAUCCACCACCUUGUUCAGAUCUGUGCUCUAUUACACUAAUCACCAAACCAAGUAAGACUGGUUUUGCUUCAACCACACCAUAACAAAAUCACUAUGUGAACAAGCUUCAAGGAAACAUGAGGCCUUCUGAGCCCACUCUGCUUAGGGCUAACUCCAGGUGAGGAAAUUUCUGGAAAGUUGGAGGUGAAGAAGCCUGGGGAAGGCAGGGCGAGACCUCGAUGGGAUAUAUUACCCUAGAGUUCAUUCUUCAAAGCAGCCAUUUUCUGCAGGGGAACUGAGCCCUGUCAUCUAGAGAUGAGUUGUAAUUCCAGAUCUCCAGUACCCACCUGGAGUUUGGCAAGCCUAACUAUGCUACGAAGUCCCAGUUUUGUGUAACAGAAAGGCACAUCCCAGCCCGAGAUACCAACCAGUGUUUUUUUUAAAAAACAAACAAACAAACCUUUCUGCUGUUUAAUUUAUGAAUGCUUUUGUUUUCCACUGUGAAUUUUUGAUAUGUAAUUUUGGAUAUAUUUUUUCACAAAGCUCAUUUGCUACAAAGAUGACAUUCCUUUAAGAAAAAACUAGUGAUGGAAGUUGUAAAUUUGUACAUAUUAAAACUGUUCCACAAAGGUA